AUGGUCUUAGUUUCAAAGGGAGAUUUCAUUUGGAUAGAGCCUUUACGAGGCGAAAGCUCCAUCCCUGUUGGCGCUCGUGUUAUAGAGCAAGAUCAUGGUCGAUUGAAAAUCUUGGAUGACAACGGAACGGAACAAUGGUUAGCGGCGGACCGUCGGAUUCGGCUCAUGCAUCCCACUUCAAUCGAAGGGGUCGAAGACAUGUGCCAACUUGGAGAUUAUCAUGAAAGUGCCAUUCUUAGAAACAUUUUCAUGAGAUAUCGUCAAAAACAUAUAUAUACAUUUACUGGAAGUAUACUUAUCGCUGUUAAUCCUUAUUCAGACAUUCCAAUUUAUACCGCUGAGCAAAUCAGAUUAUAUAAAAGAAGGAAGAUUGGAGAGUUGCCUCCUCAUAUCUUUGCUAUAGCAGACAACUCUUACACCAAUAUGAGAAAUGCAAAUCGGAAUCAGAGCAUCAUCAUAAGUGGCGAGUCUGGAGCUGGUAAAACAGAAUCAACCAAGCUUGUGUUACAGUUCUUAGCCACCAUUAGUGGUCAGCAUAGUUGGAUCGAACAACAAGUAUUAGAAGCUAAUCCUAUACUUGAAGCCUUUGGUAAUGCGAAAACCGUUCGUAAUGAUAAUUCGUCGAGGUUUGGAAAAUACAUUGACGUACAUUUCAAUUCAACGGGAUGCAUCGAAGGAGCUCGUAUUGAACAAUAUUUAUUAGAAAAAUCUAGAAUAGUUUCUCAAUCAGAAAAUGAAAGAAAUUAUCACAUUUUCUAUUGUUUGUUAUCCGGUUUAACAGCUGAAGAGAAGAAGGAUUUAGAGCUAACAACUACAUCUGAUUACUUCUAUCUUACUCAGGGGCGUACAUUAGUUGCCGAAGGACGAGAUGAUGGAGCUGAUUUAGCUGAAAUAAGAUCAGCUAUGAAGGUCCUCAUGUUCAAAGAUCAAGAAGUUUGGAGUAUUUUCAAGCUUCUAGCUGGAAUUUUGCAUAUUGGAAACAUCCGAUACAGAUGUUCCCAAGUCGAUAACAUGGAAGCAGUAGAUGUAAGCGAUGCUUCCAACAUUGUUAGGAUAGCAAGGCUCCUACAGAUUCGUGAGCAGAAUUUGCUAGAUGCUCUAACUAGUAAAACACUGGUUACACGUGAUGAGCGGGUAGUUAAACGAUUGACGGCUCAACAAGCGGUAGAUACAAGAGAUGCUUUAGUCAAAGGAAUUUAUGGACGAUUGUUUAUAUAUAUUGUCUCUCGUAUUAACGAUGCGAUCUUCAAACCUCGAUCAGAUGGACGACGAACUUCCAUAGGUGUAUUAGAUAUCUUUGGAUUCGAAUGUUUUGAGAACAACAGUUUUGAACAGCUUUGCAUCAAUUAUGCAAACGAAGCUCUUCAACAGUUCUUCAUAAAGCAUGUGUUCAAAAUGGAGCAAGCAGAGUACGACCAGGAACAAAUUAGUUGGCGACAAAUUCAGUUUGUUGAUAAUCAACAAACAUUGGAAUUGAUAGCUCUUCAACCUAUGAAUAUUCUAUCAAUCAUAGACGAAGAGAGUAUUUUCCCAAAGGCUACUGAUUAUACUAUGCUCAACAAACUGCAUUCCAACCACUCUAAGUCUCACUCUGGUUACUUGAAACCUAAAUCAGAUCUUCAAAAAGCGUUUGGUGUUAAUCACUUUGCUGGUCCUGUCUUCUACAACGUCAAAGGCUUCUUGGAGAAAAACAGAGACUCUUUCCACUCCGAUCUCUCAUCUCUGGUUUCUUCAACGAAAAUGGUGUUCAUGAAACGUUUAUUCGAAGACGUGGAGUAUUCUGAUAGCAGUACAAGAAAGAAAGGAAGUACCGUCAGUAGUCAGUUCAGGCGUUCUCUUGAGUCCCUCAUGAGCCAGCUUGUUCAAACGGAACCCUUCUUCAUUCGAUGUAUCAAGCCCAAUGAAUAUAAAAGAGCUCUGAUGAUGGAUCGCGAGUUGGUCUUACGCCAAUUACGCUAUUCUGGAAUGAUGGAAACUAUCAGGAUUCGUCGAAGCGGUUAUCCGGUCAGACAUUCCUAUGAGCGUUUUGUUCAUCGUUAUCGGCUUUUGGUUAAUGGAAUAGGUCCUUCACACAAAGUCGAUUGUCAUAAGGCUGCCAAGAAGAUCUGUCGGUAUGUCUUCGGACAUGAUGCUGAUUUCCAACUUGGAAAGACGAAAGUUUUCUUGAAAGAUCAACAAGAUUUGUUCCUCGAGAAUGCUUACUAUCGUGUUUUGAAUGAGAGAGCGACAACUAUCCAGAAAGCUGUCCGAGGAUGGCAGGCCAAGAAACGUUUCGAUAAGCAGCGAGAUGCUGCUGUCAUUAUCCAGAAAAUAUGGAGAGGCUAUGAUCAAAGAAAACGAUAUAAGCAGAUUAUUGUCGGAGUGUCAAGACUACAAGCUUUAUUGAGAACCAAACAGUUGGUUCAACAUUAUCAAAGCUUAAGACAUGUCAUCAUACAAUUCCAAGCCCGUUGUCGUGGUGCGAUUGUAAGAUGGAAAGUCGAUGAAAUGCUCAAACAAGGCCGUAAGAAGUUGUACGUUACAACAGAUGUUAUCAGAGAACCAGUGCCGGAAGAUGUUCGUGAAGAAGAACUUGUUGGACAACUGUUCGAUUUCUUGCCAUCGGAUAGUAAGAUGGAAGGAAGCAUCGACGGUGAAUCCAUGGCUGGAAGCGUUAGAGGAAGUAAAACUUUAACCAAAGAACCAGAAGCUAUCUGUGUUAACAUUCCGCAGACUACUGAUCCAUUCGAAGGAGAAGAUCUCUCGAAGUAUCAGUUCUCCAAGUUCGCUGCCACAUAUAUGUCAACAGGAGUAACUCCUACUCACAUCAAAAGACCAUUGCGUUCUCCUCUUCUCAACCACGACGAUCAUACUAUUCAAAUGGGAGCUCUUGCUGCAUGGAUGACAAUUCUCCGAUUUAUGGGAGACUUGCCUGAUGUGAAGCUUGGUUCGGUUAACAGUGCUGAUGGAGCUUAUGACAAAACCCCAGUUAUGACUAAGCUUUAUGCUACUCUUGGUCGUAGAUAUAGUCGGAAGGAUGUGGAAGAAGCUGGAGCUGCUGCUGAUGUUGAUGCAUUAGGAGGCAACCGAACUCUCAAAAAAGGAAUGGGCAAGAAGAUAAUUUCUAUGACUUUGAAAAGGAAGUCGAAGUUGAAUGAUAUUCAAUCUGCUGAGUCUAUGGACUCCAUAAGUUCUUCUUCCUCGGGAUUCAAUGCGUUACUCGACAUCAAGCCUAUGAGUAGUUUGGAUAAAUUGCAUUAUAUAGUGGGAUUAGGAAUCUUGCGUGAAGAAUUACGGGAUGAAAUAUAUUGCCAACUGUGCAAGCAGUUAUCUGAAAAUCCUUCUAAGCUAUCAGCUGCUAGAGGAUGGAUCUUACUAUCUUUAUGUGUUGGUUGCUUUGCUCCAAGUCCUAGGUUUAUCAAGUACUUGUAUUGCUUUAUUCGCGAAAAAGGACCUUCUGGAUCGGGAUAUUCAUCUUAUAUUGAAGAACGACUUAGACGUACUGUACAGAACGGGCCAAGAAGACAACCAUCUAGUUACGUUGAACUUCAGGCGAGCAAGAGCAAGAAGCCUAUCGUUUUGGCCGUAACUUUCAUGGAUGGAACUGUCAAGACCUUGUGUGCUGACAGUGCAACUACUUCGUCUGAACUUUGCACUCAAUUGGCUGACAAAGUUGGCUUGAAAGAUCGUUUUGGGUUCAGCUUGUACAUCGCACUUUUUGAUAAGGUGAGCUCCUUGGGUUGCGGAUCUGACCAUGUUAUGGAUGCCAUUUCCCAAUGUGAGCAGUAUGCUAAAGAACAGGGUCGACAGGAACGUAAUGCACCUUGGAGACUUUUCUAUCGAAAAGAAAUUUUCGCUCCCUGGCAUGACGCAAAGGAAGACUCCGUUGCAACGAAUUUGAUUUAUCAACAAGUUAUACGAGGUAUCAAGUAUGGUGAAUAUCGUUGUGAAAAGGAAGAUGAUCUUGCAACCUUAGCUGCUCAACAAUACUUUAUUGAUGAAGGAGCUCUUGAUGUAAACCGGCUCGAAUCCCAGCUUCAUAACUACCUCCCAGAUGUAGAAUUGAAUGGGAAGGAAAUGGCCCGUGAACGUUGGACACAGCUGAUUAUGCAUCAGUAUAGAAAGAGAUUCACAAAAUCUGCUACCGCGUCUAGCGUCAAAGAAGAUGUUGUCUCAUUCGCUAAGUUCAACUGGCCACUGUUAUACUCGAGAUUCUAUGAGGCAUUGAAGUUCACAGGACCACCUUUACCCAAGAAUGAAGUUAUCAUAGCUGUUAACUGGACUGGUAUCUACGUAGUGGACGACCAGGAGCAGGUUCUAUUGGAGUUCAGUUAUCCAGAGAUAACAGGAGUAGUGUACGGAAAAGGAAAACGAAUCGGAGCAGAUACUUGUACCAUACGAUCAAUCACUGGAGAUGAGUAUGCUUUCCAAUCACCGAAUGCGGAAGACAUCCGAGAAUUGGUUUCCAACUUCUUGGAAGGCUUGAAGAUGAGAAGUAAAUAUCUCGUUGCUACUCAAUCGCAAAAGGCUGAAGGAUCCGGUGGCUAUCUCGAAUUCGAGAAAGGUGAUUUACUAACGAUGUCAAACAAUCACUGCGGAAAAGAUUUAUUGAAUGAAGUUAUGGUUAAGGGGCAAAAUCAGAGAACGAAUCAGGAAGGAAUGAUUAUUCGUGAAAACGUAUAUAUUCUUCCAACAAUGGCUCGACCAACCGCUACUGUUCUGAAGCUAUUCCCGAAGACAGCUAAUUUGGAUAGCUUGAACAACAACAAUCACAAACAAGUAUCGAUUGUGGAUCACACGUUUGACAAGCCUUACACUCUCGAGAAAUUUGCUGCUGAGCACUUCAGGAGCGUGCCAAAGAGAUCUGGAAGUAUCAUGACCUUACGAAGGAAAGAAUCUUCUGCAGCUGAUCGUUGGAGGUUUUCAAGAGAACCUAUCGAUGGUCCACUUCUCAAAAAACUCGAUGGAUUAGAAGACCCUUCAAGAGAAGCAGUACAGGCAUAUAUAUCAAUUAUGAGAUAUAUGGGAGAUUUACAACAUCGCAGAGGAAGGUUAGGAACGGAUCUUACGGAUAUCAUAUUCAGAGCGGCUCUUGCCUGGGAUAUUCUGAAAGAUGAACUAUAUUGUCAAAUAAUCAAGCAAUUGACCUUGAAUCCUUCAAUGCUUUCUGAAGAAAGAGGUUGGGAACUAAUGUGGUUAAUCGCUGGAUUAUUCCCACCAAGCCCUCUUCUGAUGAGAGAAGUGUCCAUGUUCUUGAAAUCGCGACAUCAUUCGAUAGCAUUAGAUUGUUUGAACAGAAUUCAAAAGAUUUCGAAAUCGGGUAGCAGAAAGUAUCCACCUCACCUUGUCGAAGUUGAAGCGAUUCAACAGAAAACCACACAGAUCUACCAUAAAAUAUUCUUCCCAGAUCAAACUGAUGAAGCUAUUGAAGUUGACUCUUCAACAAAGGCAAAAGAUAUAUGUCAGAGAAUAGCAAAGCGUUUAUAUCUCAAAUCGCCCAAAGGUUUUUACUUAGUCGUGAAAAUUAAAGAGAAAGCUCGUCAUGUACCUGAAAAUGAUUUCUUCUUCGACUAUGUCAGACAGUUGUCUGAUGAAAUCCAGAGUACUCAUUCGCACAAAGAGAGUCAGAUGGUUCCCAUCAACUAUCAAGUAUUCUUUAUGAGAAUGUUAUGGAUGGAUGUCGUUCCUGGAGAUGAUGUUAAUGCAGAUUUGAUUUUCCAUUAUUAUCAGGAAGUUCCAAAAUACUUGUUAGGAUAUCAUAAUGUAACCAAACAAACUGCUGUAGAAAUCGGUGCUCUCAUUCUCAGGGCAAUGACUAACGACAGCAAAAAUGCACCUUUGGCUCAAGUUCCUCAACUGUUGCACGAUCUCGUACCCAAAGAUAUUCUAUCAGGAUCGUCCUCAUCUGAAUGGAAGAAGCUAAUAUCAAACUCCUAUGUCCACGUGGAGCAUUUAACUUCAGAUCAAGCAAAAAUUGAGUUCUUGAGAACAAUCCACAAAUGGCCAACAUUUGGUUCUGCAUUUUUCCCCGUCUCCCAAAUGUCUGACGUAACAUUGCCAGAGAAGUUAUUGAUAUCAAUAAACCAGCAAGGAGUUCAUAUUUACAACAUUGAAAACAAAAAUUUGAUAGUUCAUUAUCCGUUCAAUGUAAUCUGUAACUGGACUAGUGGGAACACUUAUUUCAACAUGACUGUUGGUAACGUUUUGAAAGGAAACGAUGGUAAAAAAUUAUUGUUGGACACAACUAUGGGUUAUAAGAUGGAUGGACUUCUUACUGCUUACAUACAAGCUCUAAUCGCGGGUCAGGCCAAAAAGCCACCAAAGAAAUCAGCAAAUGAAUCAGUCAUUUAA